AUGAGGGAAGGAAAGAGCAAUAAUCUUGAGAGGUUGAAAGAUUUAAGAAGAGUCACUUCCUUUGUAGUUGAUGGGAACAUUGUUGGCUUUGAGAAUGAUGCUAAAAUGUUGUUGGGUAAACUUCUUGAGGAUGAGCCACGACGUUAUGUAGUUUCCAUCUUUGGCAUGAGAAGUUUGGGCAAAACCACUCUCGCUAAAAACCUUUACCACAACAUUGAUGUCUUGAAUAAAUUCAAAUGUCGAGCUUGGGUGUGUGUCUCUCAAGAUUACAAAACUGAAGAUCUUCUUCGACGAAUUGUAAAGUCUUUUGAGGUCAAAAUUAACGGAAUGGAGUUAGAGAAGAUGAGCGGGGAGGAUUUGGAGAGGUGUCUUUAUAAAUCUUUACAAGGAUGCCUAUACUUGGCAGUGAUCGAUGAUGUAUGGCAGAAAGAAGCAUGGGAGAGUUUGAAAAGAGCUUUUUCGGAUGACAACAAUGGAAGCAGAGUUAUAAUCAUUACUCGCAUCAAAGAAGUAGCUGAGCGUUCGGAUGAGAGAAUUCAUGUUCAUAAACUUCGUUUUCUUAGGCCUGAUGAGUCUUGGAACUUAUUAUGUGAGAACGCUUUUCGAAAAUCAAAUGCAAACGAAGAAUUGGAAAAGCUAGGAAGAGAAACGGUUGAAAAAUGCAGCGGUCUGCCACUAGCCAUAAUUGUAUUAGGCGGGUUGUUGUCUACAGAGAAACCACAAGAGUGGCGCUCGAUUCAUGAUCACUUUUGGCAACACUUAAGGAAUGAUUCAAUUCACAUACCUUCCUUAUUAACUUUAAGCUUCAAUGAUAUGCCUUAUCAAUUGAAGCUCUGCUUUCUCUAUCUUGGGAUUUUCCCUGAGGAUUUCAAGUUCUUUAUAGAGAAAGCAAUCCGAUUAUUGGUAGCAGAAGGUUUCAUACGAGAAGAUGAUGAUCGAGUAAUGGAAGAGGUGGCAAAAAACCACCUGGAUGAGUUGAUCAAUAGAAGCUUGGUUCAAAUUGAAAACAUUUGUCGGGGGAGGGUUGAAACAUGCCGAAUCCAUGAUCUUUUGUAG